AUGGCCUCGUCAUCGAAUCCGUUCCGCAAGAGUGCGACGCAGCACCCCGGGAACCGCUUCUCCCCGAUCCCCUCCUCCAUAGACGCCGCCCAGCUGUUCCCGCCGCCGCCGCCGCCGACGACGACCUUCCGCGACGAGAACGUGCCCCCCGCGGCCGCGCAGAACCCAGCCGUCGACGCAAACAAGGCAAAGGUCGUCAAGAAGGUCCGCGUGCUGUCGCCGCCUCCGCGGACCCCCGAGUCGCCGGAAUGGACCAACAGCUACUUUGGCUCGGCGGCCACCGCCCCGGCGUAUGCCUCGGAGCAGGAUCCCUUCAACAAUGUUGACAACGACUGGGACGAUGCUUCUGCUGCUGCCACUGCUGCUGCUGCUGACCCCCUCUCUCAACCGGCUGUUCCGCCGGUUCUGCCGCCGUUGACGGCUGUGGAGACGCAGAGGCCGGUGAAUGUGGUGGCCAAUCCGUUUAGCAAGAAGAAGUCGCACGAGACUGCGGAUUUCAAGAAUUCCAGAGAAGACGCGAGAGAGGAGGGCGAGGUGCUCAAGGAGGCGCAAUCAGCGAGGCGGUCACUCAACGUGGAUUCGUUUAAGCGGCUGCUGAUGACGGGGGCGGCGAGCCCGCCCAGCUCUCCACUCCCAACGGACUCGUUCGAACAUGAACCUGCGGACCGCCCAAGGCCUGUAUCUAUGCCUCCGCCGGCACGGGAGGCCUCGACGACUGCGUCUACUCACAAGGAGAAGAAGGCUCCCCCGCCUCCCCCGAGCUCGCGGCACGGCAAGGUGAUUAAGCCCGUGCCUGCGCAGAGCCCCACCGGUACCGCGAGUGCCGUCACCAGCCCCAAGGAGAAACCGGCCGAACCGGUUGGCCACCACAUUGAACCGUCACGGCCGUCGCUGUCUAGAGAGACCUCAGCCAGCAGCGGAAGCUCGACCAGCAGCAGCUCCUCGGCCUCGGUGUCGGACGAAGUUGGUGAGAUGGACACCCAUCCGUCCGCCCUCACAGCCAGCCCGGAUCAUAUCGACACCCCCGUCUCGCCCCCGACAAGCAGUGUCAAGAAGCCUGUCCCAGUCCCGCCGCCGAGGAGGCAGCCGCGGAGCGAGGCCAAAACAACCA